AUGUAUAAUAAAGAUACGGUUUUCACUAAAGAUAUAGCAUGUACGGCCAUUACCGGGAAAGAUGCCUGGAAUAGACCAACUCCACAGCCAAUAACCAUAUCGUUAAAUUUCAACACUGAUUUUCAUAAAGCAUCCCAGCUUGACAAUUUGAAGUAUUCGAUUAAUUAUGCAGUUAUUACCAGAAAUGUCACCGAAUUUAUGAAAUCAAAUGAGCAUUUAAAUUUCAAAUCUUUGGGUAAUAUCGCCCAAGCCGUCGGUGAUAUUGGUUUGAAUGAAAGUAGAGGUGGUGGCUCAUCUGUGGAAGUUACCAUAAAGAGUACCAAAUCUGAAAUUAGAGCUGAUAGUGUGGAAUACAAAAUUUUGAGAAAUAACUUGGGAAUCACCCCUCCAUUAGAUGUUUUCAGAGUUAACAAGUUGAGAUUGUUGACUAUUAUUGGUGUUUUCACUUUUGAAAGAUUACAGAAACAAAUCGUUGAUGUUGAUUUAGAAUUUAAAAUCAAAGACAAUUCUAAUUUGUUUUUCCAUAAAAUCAUUGAGGAUAUUGUCAACUACGUAGAAUCAUCAAACUUCAAAACCGUUGAAGCGUUGGUUUCCAAAAUAGGUCAAUUGACUUUUCAAAAGUAUGGUUCUGGUAUUGAAGAGGUUUUAGCAAUUGUGACCAAACCAAAUGCAUUUAGCCACGUCGAAGGUGUGGGUGUUUCAUCAACAAUGACUUUGGACAAUUUUAAAGACAUGGAACCAAUUGAAUAUGAAAAUGCUGCGAAGGCAGUUACAUCAUUCAAUUUACCAGUUGAACAAGAAAAAACAGAUAAAUAUGAAGGCUACCACACAGCAUACAUUGCAUUUGGAUCAAACUCUGGUGACCAAAUGUUAAACAUCAAUGAUGCACUUAAGUUAUUGCUGAAUUAUGAUAUCAUUGUUGAAUCUACCUCCUCGUUGUACAUUUCAAAACCAAUGUAUUAUUUGGAUCAGCCAGAUUUCUUCAAUGGUGCCAUCAAAAUCAAUUUUAUGGAUAUUUCACCUCAUCGAUUGUUGGAGAUUCUUAAAGAAAUUGAAUAUUCCCAUUUAAAGAGAGUCAAAGAGUUUGAUAACGGACCUAGAUCUAUCGAUUUAGAUAUUAUUUUAUACGAUGAUCUUACAUUGAAUACAGAAGAUUUAAUCAUUCCUCAUAAAUCAUUGCUUGAAAGAACAUUUGUGUUGCAACCAUUGUGCGAGAUCUUACCACCAGAUUUUAUUCAUCCUAUCAGUGCAGAAAGUAUCCACAGCCAUUUGAAACAAUUGUUGAAUGAAAAACCACAGGAAGAUGAAACAUUGCAAGUAUCUUCUGAUUUGUUGCAGUUCGUACCUGUUCCAAGAUUAUCGUUAUCACCAGCUGAUAACAUCUUAAGAUUUGAUCACAUUAAUAAAAAAUCACCUACUUUAAUUAUGGCUAUUUUGAAUAUGACUCCAGAUUCGUUUAGUGAUGCCGGUAAGUAUUAUGACCAAGCUUUAGAGGAUAUUGUCAAAAAUGCCGAGAGAUUGGUUGCCGAAGGAGCUAAUAUUAUUGACAUUGGAGGUGUUUCCACAAGACCAGGAAGUACUGAACCUAGCGAAGAAGAAGAAUUGCAAAGGGUUGUACCUUUGGUUAAAGCGAUCCGUGAAUCUAAGAAUCCUGCAUUGAGAAAUGUUUUAAUUUCUAUUGAUACAUAUCGUAGUAAUGUUGCAGAAGAAAGUUUAAUUGCAGGUGCUGAUAUUAUUAAUGAUAUUUCUAUGGGUAAAUAUGACGACAUGAUGUUUGAUGUCAUUGCAUUAUACGGAUGUCCUUAUAUCAUGAAUCACACCAGGGGAACUCCAAAGACUAUGUCCAAGUUGACUAGUUAUGAAUCAAACACUAAUGAUGAUUUAGUAGAAUUUGUUAUUGAUCCUAAAUUGGGACAACAAGGUGAUCUCGAAGUUUCGACAGAUUCAAAGAACUUACUCAAUGGAGUCAGUCGAGAAUUAAGUUUGCAAAUGUUCAAAGCCAUGGCUAAAGGGGUUAAAAAAUGGCAGAUCAUUGUUGAUCCUGGUGUUGGAUUUGCAAAAAAUUUGCAACAAAACUUGGAUAUUAUCCGUCACGCAUCAUUCUUCAAGAAAUACUCAAUCCAGCUUAAUGAAAGGGUUGGAGAUGAAAUAAGACAUAAUUAUUUAAGCUUUAAUGGUAUGCCACUAUUGGUUGGAACAUCAAGAAAGAAGUUCCUUGGAACUUUGACCGGUAAAGAAACCAAUCCACUGGAUAGAGUUCUUGCCACUGCUGCUACUGUUACUGCAAGUAUAGAGCAAAAUACGGAUAUUGUUAGAGUUCAUGAUGUUAAAGAAAUGAAAGAUGUUGUUCUAACAAGCGAUGCUAUAUAUAGGUCUAUCUAG